AAGCUCAGUUUCAUUUGACUAGUCUGGCCUAUGAUCCAUCUUCCAUAGUGCUGGGUUGCAACUCCCUGGCCUCAGUCAAUUAAUCACCCGAUAUCGUCACUAUAUUAGCUGUUAUACCAAUAACACUGACUGCACGACUAAGACCGUCAAACCAGGCCAUCUAAGUAUAAGAAUAUGUUGAGGUACUUACUUGUUCUAUCCUUUUCCUCCAUUUUUUCUGCUUUAUUGUGGUUGGCAAACAGAGAAAGUGCAUUACCGCCAUCACCUGGUAUGAAGAUGGGAUCAUAACAGCCGCACAAUCAACUUCCAAACGUGGUCGAAUAAGUGACUGUAUUUUAAUAAGCUUAUAUUUACAGGAGCAGUUCCACGCCAUAUAGACCCGCUCUGGUCUGGUUUAAACUGUAUAUAUGAUUAGAAAGGCAGUCUUCUACCUUGUCAAACCUGGCGCCUACAUUACCCACAAUGCAACUCGACUCGCCUCACGCUACUGUACUGCACUGUACGGAUUGAUUCGGUUGUGAUGGGCUCAUGGAUGGAUAGCCUCGAGCAUAUAGCCGCAGAAAUGAGGAGCGGGCUACAGAGUUCUGAGUCUCAGGGGAGAAAGACCAGCUGUUGUGAAACGUUGAGAAUGAAGACGAGGAAGGAAGGAUAUCUAGGGACACAAGCCCACUUUUAACAAGGCAAGAGACACUCUAAAGAAAUCUUUGGGCAAAUGCAGAGAAAAUACAGGCUUUGGCUGCCAGAUGCCGGGGAUAAUGGAUAGGACUGCAGAGGGAAAGAUGGAGAGGUUGUGGCAGGCCGGUAGAUGAUGAAGUGAUGGAGAUGUUAGGAGGCCACGGCCAUUGUGAUGCUGGGUGGCUGUUACCCUGGAACUGCCAUCUGCCGAAAAGGGUGCUGUGCAAUGAUAUCCUCAGCCUGAAGAUGGCAGGAGAUCCAGUGCUAACCCCUAACUCGGUGUGCCUGAGGCUGGCAGGCCUCAGUAAGCGUCAGAUGCGGAUGUGUGUGCGGAGCCCCGACGUGACAGCCUCUGCUCUGCAGGGCAUCCAGGUGGCCAUCCACGAAUGCCAGCACCAGCUCCGCGACCAGCGCUGGAACUGCUCCUCACUGGAGGGCCUCGGCAAGCUGCCCCACCACAGCACCAUCCUCAACAGGGGUUUUCGCGAGAGUGCCUUCUCCCUGGCCUUGCUGGCAGCGGGUGUGGCUCACUCUGUGGCCUCGGCCUGCAGCAUGGGCAAGCUGCGGGGGUGUGGCUGUGAGGCCAAGCGUCGCCAGGACGAUGACAAGAUCCGGCUGAAACUCACACAGCUGCAGCUGCAGACCCUGCAGAAGGGUGGGGUAGGAAUCGGUAUGACACGGUCAUUACCCUCGGAGCUGAACGGUCACCAUGGUGACCUGCCCGCUAACCUGCACUCCACCCACCCCUCUGCCCUCCUCAAGCCUUUACCAGAUGAGCUGAGCUCCAUGCAGGAGACCUGGGAGUGGGGAGGCUGCAGUCAUGACGUCCGUUUUGGGGACCGUUUCUCCAGGGACUGGCUUGACUCCCGAGGGUCUCCAAGAGACAUCCACGCUCGCAUGAGGAUACAUAAUAACCGGAUGGGACGACAGAUAGUGGCUGACAACAUGAAGAGGAAGUGCAAAUGUCAUGGCACAUCAGGGAGCUGUCAGUUUAAGACCUGCUGGCAUGUGUCACCAGAGUUCCGGCAUGUAGGUUCACUACUAAAGGAAAAGUUCCUGUCAGCCAUCUUUGUCAACUCCCAGAACAAGAACAAUGGGGUUUUCAACCCCCGAACUGGAAACGGCGCCAGUGGGAGCACAGGAGGACUCAACGGAGGUCGUCGUCGAAGCAUGUCUAGAGAGCUGGUGUACUUUGAGAAGUCUCCUGACUUUUGUGAGCGUGACAUGUCUGUCGACUCUCCGGGUACGCAGGGACGCAUCUGCAACAAAACCAGCUACAGCACAGACAGCUGCGGCUCGCUGUGCUGCGGCCGUGGACACAAUAUACUGAAACAGACACGCAGCGAACGCUGCAAUUGCAGAUUUCACUGGUGCUGCUACGUGCUGUGCGAGGAGUGUCGUGUCACAGAGUGGGUCAAUGUGUGCAAGUAGUUCCCAUUUCCUCCAGUCCCAGCUGCCUUUACCCAUCCAGGACUCAAGAUGGCGAGCCUGUCCCUUCGCCCACUCCUGUUGUUCAAGCAUUUGUUUUGCUCUUUGUGUAACUCUCCCAGAGAAUCUGUUUACCCCCCCUUUCCUUUCCAUCAUCUGGGAUCUAUUUUCUCUUUGUAGCCGCUGUUAUUCUCAAAAUGCCAAGUCAGAGAUUGAAGAGGUGACUCAUAUCAUUUGUCUUGCCAUGGUCUGUUUAGACGUUGCCCUCUCAGCCAUGAAAACGGCCUAUACCCCAUCUUUUCUAUCCCACAAAACAAAGACAAGCAACAACAGAAAAACAUUUCUAUGUAAAUGUCUACAUGCUGACUUAUUGUAUAGUAGCUAUGUAUUUUAAUGUGUACAUGUAUAUUUGUAAAUCUAUUUUUAUUAAUAUUAUUAUUGUGUUGGAGCCUGCCUUUUUGGUUGUAGUUAAUGACAGUCUCGUGCCGGGUGAGUGGCUCAAGGUGUUGAACCAAUGCUGUUUGACAUCACAGUCUCAUUGCAAUUUAUCUUACAUGUUACUGGGCUCUUCUAAUGAUCUCCAAGAUGUUUACACAUAAUAUUUGAAUAUUUUGCACCUGUGACUCAGACAAGACACAUAGACAGAGCAAUGAAACUUUUUAGUCAGUCUCAAAAUCAGUCUACACAGGGUUUUACGAUAAAUGACAAAACAAGACAGAGGACAGUAGUUUUUCAAAAGCUUUCUCACAGAAGCAACAAGACAGAAAACACAUGGACACAGGACUUUUAUAAGCUUAUCAAAGCUUGUAUACUUGGGAAAGUUGAUACGACAUCAGUUUUGGAGACAAAUUAAGUCUUUAAAAUUCUUUAUACGGAACAACUAAUCAUUCAGAUUUAUUUAUACCAUUGUAACAAUAGUAAUCUCUUCAUUAGAGUGGUCGCUAGUGAUCAUGUUUUUCAUGAAUUCAUAUCAAUAUGACAGAAAUAUGCUUCCCUUUGAUAUAACUGUGAUGUGAUGUGUGUCCCUUUCCUAUGAAAUCAUGACUGAGCUCUUGUUAUUCUGUACUUGCUUUUGUCCAUUUCAUCAGUCUGAGUACGCCUUAGAUUCUUCCCACAUGUAGUACAUGUCAAAGUGAGAGAUGGACCUGCUUUAGUCUUGAACUGAUGCUGAAGUGUGUGUGUAUGUUUGAGUGUGUCUGUGUCUGUUGCUGUGUAAAUGGGGGGUACGCUCUGUGCGCUACAGAUUUGGGAGGUGAGAGCCUUUUUUUAUGGCCACUUCAUGCUGAGAGAAGGACUUUUUAUGGCUGCAGGAUAUUGUUUCCUUAAAGUAUGACUUUUAUUACUGGAGAGAAGCAUCAAGAGAGCAGAGAGUGGGGGUGAUUAUACCAGUCUUUGCUGUGCGAGCAUCUGAGGGGAUCAUCUGUCCAGAGUUCAUAGCCAAAGAAGGGACUCGCUGUACCACGUGCUGCUGGGACGCUGUGUCCUUGUUACCUGGGAGACAGACUACACAAACAAUAACACACACAUGCAUUCAUGUAUAAAGACACUUACAUGCAGACAUACCGAUGCACAAUGAAAAACAUGCAUGCUGGUGUGCACAGAACUCCUGGUGACCCGAGUGAUUUGCACCCUCUUUCUAGUUGCACCGCAGAUUUAGCAAAAACGCUAAUGUCAACACCUGACUGGAUUUACGAUGGCAGCAUUCCUAGAUAUCUUAGAUGAUCCAAAUUGUCUCCAUAUCCAGUCUGCUGGGAAAACCUCCUGUGCCAUAGGAUUUAAUGCCAAUUAAGUCUUGUUUGUAUGAACUUAGGUAAAUAUCCUUUGACUCUCAAGGAAUGGCAGUGCUAGUGGCUGAAUCGACUCUUCUGUCUGUUUGGUAUUUAGUGAGGGAAUAAAAGGGAGACAGUGACUGGUAUGGAAUGAUAAGGGACUGGAUUUCUGGUUUGCAUUUCUUCAUUCCUUUAUCAUUUCACCCUGGAGCUGCUGCGAAAGGGAAUUUCCUGUCACUGUUUCUCCCAUGUGUGAGACAGAGGUUGGUGGACAGCCUGGGAUUGCUUUCUCUCCCUCUCUGCGCUUUUUCCCAUUCUCCCCCUCAUUGCUGCAGACAUAGACACAUGCAUAGCAACACAUCGACUGCCCCCCGAGUAAUGACAACCAGACUGGGCUGAAAUUAAAGAGAGGCAGGCCGAGAGAGGAAGUAAGGAGAGAUAAAAGUUACCCACUUUGAUUGACAUCAUGAUUAUAUGUAUAAAGUAAGGCGAUUUAGUGUGUUUAGUUGGAUACAAAGAUAGGGAGAUAGAUCCUUGCUUGUACAGCGCAAAUGCAGAAGCAAAGGACACAUGGGGUAUGGAGAAGGGGGUGAAUAAAGUGUACUCUGUAUAAAUACAUGCCUCAAAACAUCUGCUUCUCAACUCCCCUUUCAUUUUUGAUGUGGGACAGGCAGAGAAGGAGAGCGGGAGAGAAAACACAAGGAGCCAGCUACCCAGAACAUCA